GCUGCGUGUAGAGGACGGACCCAAGGAAAAACGAGUGCGUGCAGGUCCCCGCUCCGUGUGGUCAUUACGAUUCGAAUAGCGCACAGAGCAGGCAGCGCAAGAGCUUUAAACCGCACAUUGAAAUAUCCAACUUUUAGCUACAUGGAUCCCAUCCAUCCCGUCCGCACGGCCGGCCCCACACGCCAACCCUGCAUCGGAGCGUGGGGCACACAGCGCAAGCGGACCACGCGUGGGCCAUGCCAGGGCACCGGACCCACGCCGCAGCAGCAGCAGCAACAACAACAGCAACAGGGGUCUUCCCAGCGUGCGGAGACCCCCAUCCCGAGGGGGACACGAGACUCGAACGUCGAUAAGGAGUCGUCGGGUGCUAACAGGGAGCGGUCACGCGUGAGAGCCAUGCGUGCCGCCUUCCUAGCGCUGCAGAAGAGCUUGCCAGCUGUGCCGCCCGACACCAAACUUUCCAAACUGGACGUGUUGCUACUGGCCAGUGCGUACAUCGCGCACCUGAGCAGGACUCUUGGCGUGGAAACGGGUCGUCCAUACGGUGACGGGGUUCCGCCUGCUGUCGCCGCGCCAGACCACGUGGCCAGGGAGUUCUUGACAAGGAGGGCGCAUGGAGCCACCAAGGGGCCCCAGUCUCUUGAUCAGGAUAAAGAGCAAGCGGAGGCACGCGCCACGGGGAACUUUCCAGGAUUUUUACACCCAAUGAAGAAGUGGCCAAUGCGCUCUCGGCUGUACGAGGGGAUUACCAAAACAGCAAGGCUUCCAUCGCUCCAGAACUGCCAGGACGGAAGAGAGAAGGCCCAGCCAACCUUUCUCGCAUGA